GCUGUUAACAAGCAAUUCUGAAAGUUACAAACAGUCCCUUUAAUGGUGUCUUUGAUUCAAAGCUUGAUUUCAAAGAACUGUUGUUUAUUCCUGGAGAAAGAAAACAAGAUGAUAUUCGCAUAAAAACAUGCUGCUAUGGAGCAGUUAUACUGUGUUGGUUAAAAUGUUAACCCCCACCUGUAAGAUUCCUCUGCCUCUGAUAUGUAACCAGUGUGUUUUUCUAGUUGCUUCUGCUGGGAAAUACGGAAACGCACAGUUUGAUCUCAUUGGUCAGCAGCAGCCCUGCAGCCGGCUAUAAAACACCCGACAGGAGCUCCGGAGCUGAGGACCGUCUGAGGGCGCACAGCAGCACAGCAGCGCCGAGGAGCGCACAGCCAAACCCGGGCACAAAACACCUGCUACUGACGGAACAAGUGGACAAAUACAACUGGGUCCCUUUCUGCAGUGCGAAGCACCUGACUGCAUCUACUCCACACGCCCACACAUCCCUCUGUCUGGUGGGACCAUGUGGGUUCUGGAUAAGAUCCGCGGGUCGGUGGAGACCGGCGUGCUGCGUCAGGGGGAGAACGGAGACAAGAAAGGCGUCGCCUACAGCAACGUCCUCACCCCAGACAAGAUCCCGGACUUCUUCAUUCCUCCGAAGCUGGUCAGCGCCCCCCCGGAACCUGAGAUUCCUAACUUGAAGCCCAAAGAAGGACUGCAACCCUCAACUUCAGAGCACAUUAUCGGCAGCGGGAAGAAGAUCAGCAGCCCGAGGAGUCCGCGCCUGGUCGCCAAGAUCGCGGGAGACACCAAAAACCUACUGAGAGCAGCAAACCGUCACAUCAUACAGAUUGAGAGCGCUGACGAUGUUGGAGACACCAAUGCAGACCCCCAGUCGCAGACAGCGAUGUCCCUGCCUUAUGUGCCGAAGACUCAAACGCCUUACGGCUUUGCGACCUUGAAGGAAAGCCCCCACACUCGCCGUAAAGAGUCACUUUUCCACUGCGAGCUGACCAGUCCCAUCACCUCCCCAAACACCCAGAGGAAGACGCAUGGGGGGAGAAGCAGCGAAGGGGGGAACCACCUGAACCCAGCUGACUUCAACACGUCUCACAUGAACCCGUAUCGCUACUUUAGCGGAGGGGAAAGCGACACCUGCUCCUCGGCGGAGUCCUCUCCCUUCAGCUCCCCCCUGCUCUCCCGCUCGGCCUCCCUGCUCAAGAUCUUCACCCACGAGACGCAGGCCAAAGUCGUGAAAGCCAAGCGGACGUUCGCCCGCCACAGCUCCCUCUCCACCGACGAGUGCAGCUCGGCCGAGCCCAGCCCCAACGUCCAGCGACGGCUCCACGUCCCCUCCAUCCACGGAGCCGGGGCGUCAGACCAGGGGCUCGUCCGGGAGCACACCAUCAACCUGCACAAAGGCGGGACGGUGAGGAUCAGCGCCAACUACGACUCCAGCACCUCCCGCCUGCUCAUCCGCGUCCUGGCGGCAGAGAGUCUUUACGACAAGCACAUUGACAUCAAGAGCAUCAACUGCUGCGUGUCUGUCUACCUGAACCCGGGCAAGCUGCAGAAGCAGAGGAGCAACAUCAUCAAGAACAGCCGCAACCCGGUCUUCAACGAGGACUUCUUCUUUGACUCGAUAAACUCGGUUCAGGUGAAGAACCUGUUGGUGAAGUUCAAGGUGGUGAACAAAGGCACCAGCCUGAAGAGGGACAACCUGCUGGGAGAGCGAGAGGUGCCUCUGACAAAGCUGCUCUCAGCGGUUUAAAGGAGGUCAAAGGAGGCCAAAAGCAAGGACACCGAUUGAGACUUAAAUUAGAUGUUUGCACUGGUUUCUAUUCACACUGCUCUUUUUAUUCCAAUAGAUGAAAACAGUGAACAUUAUACGAUGAAGGGAGAGGUUUGUGAAAUAUAUUCCUAGAAGGAAAGAGGGGCUUUCUUCUGAGAUCUGAAAAAACUGCCAAGCUUAGAAAUUGAACGAGGAAGGAUGAUGGAUUUAUGCUGGUUCGAGGCUCCCCUGGCUUCUCCUCGAAAUAUAAUGAAUGCUCGUUAAACCAAGCCGGGUUCGACAGCAACAGAUGAAUUUGACAGAUGAAAGGGUUUGUUUUUUUUCCUGGACAUAUCUCCCGCCCAACUUCCUCAGCCAGGUCUGGCUCAAAGGUCGGACAACAGCUGUGCAUCAGCCUGUAUCGCUGUCCUUGCCUGCACUCCGUUCGUCAUGUGUGGCGCAUGGUUUUUAUUAUUAUAAUGUGACAUAAAUCCACAGCAGCACAGGAUGUGAUUCUACAAUAGCUACCCCGUAUAUUCAGCACAAAGAUGCUUUUGUGAAUCAGAGCUUUGAAGAGGCACUACAUCCUGAUGUGCAAAACACCCUUUGAUCCCAGUUGCCAUGGCCCACCUCCUACUGGCGAGGGACAAACAGAGCAGCACAUUUACAUGCACAUCAAAACUAGAAUUAUAAUGCAAAGUCCUGUGAUUGCCGUU